UAAACCCCCAAAACCCAUCAUUUAUACACACACCGAGGCAUUCACUCUACGGAGCAUCAGCAUCAGCAUCAGCAUCAGCAUCAGCAUCGGCUGAGAGAGAGAGAGAAUGAAGGAGAGAGCGGCUGAGCGCACGGUAGAGGAGCGCUACACGCAGUGGAAGUCGCUCGUACCAGUUCUCUACGAUUGGUUGGCCAAUCACAAUCUCGUUUGGCCGUCCCUCUCAUGCCGUUGGGGACCUCAAAUAGAGCAAGCAACAUACAAGAAUCGUCAAAGGCUAUAUCUUUCGGAACAGACAGAUGGCAGCGUUCCAAACACGCUAGUCAUAGCAAAUGUUGAAGUUGUAAAAGCUAGGGUUGCUGCUGCAGAGCACAUAUCACAGUUUAAUGAAGAAUCACGAUCACCUUUUGUGAAGAAGAGCAAGACCAUCAUUCAUCCUGGCGAGGUGAAUCGAAUCAGGGAACUGCCACAGAAUAGCAAUAUUGUGGCAACUCACACCGAUAGUCCCGAUGUUCUCAUUUGGGAUGUCGAAAGUCAGCCUAAUCGUCAACCCGUUUUAGGUGCCACACCAUCACGCCCUGAUUUGAUACUGACUGGACAUCAAGAUAAUGCUGAAUUUGCUCUAGCCAUGUGUCCUACAGAACCAUUUGUGCUCUCUGGAGGCAAGGACAAGUCCGUGGUGUUGUGGAGCAUCCACGACCAUAUAUCUUCUUUGGCUGCAGAUCAGGGGGCUCAUAAAUCUCCAGGUUCUAAGGGUAAUUUAUCUAAUGGCAAAGCUGGUGAUGGAACAGCUGUUGAAGCACGUGGCAUAUUUCAGGGGCAUGGGGACACUGUCGAAGAUGUCCAAUUUAACCCAUCAAGUGCACAGGAGUUCUGCAGUGUUGGUGAUGAUUCUUGCCUGAUUCUGUGGGAUGCAAGAACUGGCUCUUCUCCUGUUGUCAAGGUUGAAAAAGCCCACAAUGCCGACCUUCACUGUGUUGAUUGGAAUCCCAAUGACGUGAAUCUGAUUUUGACAGGGUCUGCUGAUAAUACUGUUCACAUGUAUGAUCGCCGAAAUCUUACGUCUGGGGGAGUCGGAGCCCCUGUUCAUAUUUUUGAAGGCCAUUCUGCUGCGGUGCUUUGUGUCCAGUGGUCUCCGGCUAAAGCAUCUGUCUUCGGCAGUGCUGCAGAGGAUGGCAUCUUAAAUAUAUGGGAUCAUGCAAAGAUCGGAAAGGCAGGAAAUGAUGUUGGAUCAGGAGAUUCAAGCUAUCCCCCUGGCUUAUUUUUUAAACAUGCUGGUCACAGGGACAAGGUGGUUGAUUUUCACUGGAAUGCAGCAGAUCCGUGGACUAUUGUUAGCGUGUCUGAGGAUGGAGAAAAGACUGGUGGGGGAGGCACACUGCAGAUUUGGCGGAUGAUUGACCUAAUUUAUCGACCAGAAGAGGAGGUGAUAGCUGAGCUGGAUAAGUUCAAAUCUCAUCUUUUGACGUGCUCCACUUCAUCCAGUUCCUGAUCUCGUGCGACCCAAGCUUCGGCUUUUACCUUUAAUUAUAACGAACCUUGAACGCUUUAAACAUGGUUUUGUCGAGGUUUUGCUCUAAAAUUUGUGCGGGAAGUGGAUGGUUCUUUGUCGAUUUGGCUAGUAUUAUAUCCUGCUAGUGCCGAGUGCAAAAUUAGAUGGUUCUUAUUAUUUGGCAGUAUAGAUUUUCAGCAUGCUUUGGAUGACUCCUUCCAUGCUGAUAGUUUACUCUAUUUUGUAUGCCAUCUUUUAUUAUAAGAUCAUCGAUAUGCACUUUGGGUAUGGAUUACCAUUUGAUAUCA